CUUAAUUUCUUACUCUAUAGUAUAUAUUUUUAUAAAAAAAAGAAAAAAGAGAAAACACAAAAAAUUUAUUUUCCUUUAUUUUAAAAAAAUAUUUUACAAAAAUAUUUUGCAAUAAGCUUCAAUGGGGUCACAAAUUCUCAAGAUAAUUGCUAUUCUCUAUAUAGCAACAGCAUUUACGGAAGCACAUUUUUUUCCGAUAAUACCAGGUGGAUAUGGAGGUGGUUCCAGCCAUGCAUCAGGUUCGGCUCAAGGGCAAGGAAGUUUUGGAGGUUCCGGACACUUCCAUUGGGGUGGAGGUUUUCAAGGAUCGGGUUAUUUCCAAGGCCAAGGCAAGGGUCAAGCCUCAGUUGAGGGUCAAGGAUUUGGUUCAAGUAGAGGAUCAGGUCAAUUCUCAGGCCAAGGUCAAUUCUCAGGUCAGGGCCAAUUCUCAGGCCAAGGGGAAGCAAUAGGCUCAGGCCAAGGGCAAGCAAUAGGCUCAGGCCAAGGUGAAGUCUCAGGUCAAGGCGAAUUCUCAGGCAUAGGGCAAACUUUUGGUUCAAGCCAAGGCAAAGCUUCAAAAGAGGCAUCGAAGACUAGCCAAGGCAAGGUAUCAAAAGAGGCAUCAGCUUCAAGCCAAGCUCAAGCUCAAACCCAAGAUAAAGCCCAUGCCCAAGCUGAAGGACAAGCACAAUCACAAACACAUGCAUCGCGUUCAAGCCAAGCAUCCGGUCAAGGUCAAUUCUCAAGCCAAGGUCAAUUCUCAGGUCAAGGGAAAACAUCUGGUUCAAGCCAAGGCAAGGCUUCAAAAGAGGCAUCAGAUUUAAGCCAAGACAAUACAUCAAAUGAGGCAUCAACUUCAAGCCAAUCUCAAGGGCAAGCUCAAGCCCAAUCAUCACAUUCAGGUCAAUCGUCCAGUCAAGGUCAGUUCUCAGGCCAAGGUAAAUUCUCAGGUCAAGGGCAAUCCUCAAGCCAAGGGCAAAAAUCUAGUUCAAGCCAAGGCAAUGCCUCAAAAGAGGCAUCAAGUUCAACUCAAGGUAAAGCAUCAAAAGAGGCGUCUACUUCAAGUCAUGACCAAGGCCAAGUCAUAGCUCAAUCCCAAGCUGAAACACAAGUAUCACAUUCAAGCCAAGCUUCCGGCCAAGGUCAGUCUUCAGGACAAGGCAAAUUCUCAAAAUCCUCUAGUUCAAGCAAAGACAAGUCUUCAAAAGAGGCAUCAGAUUCAACCCAAGGCAAGGCAUCAAAAGAGGCAUCAACUACAGGUCAAUAUCAAUCCCAAGGUAAAGCUCAAUCUCAAACUAAAGCACAAGGGCAAGCAUCACAUUCAAGCCAAGCCCAAGGUAAGGCUCAAUCCCAAACCCAAUCAUCUCAUUCAAGCCAAUCACAAGCUCAAGCAUCACAUUCAAGCCAAGCCCACACAUCACAUUCACAUUCUUGGAAAUCAUCACAUUCACAUUCUUGGGAAAGUUCACAUUCAAGCAAAUCACAAUCAUCAACGUCGCAUUCAAGCCAAGGACAAGCAUCAAGCGAAGCUUCAAAUAAGGCAUCGAGCCAAUCUGUAGGAAAUUCCUCAGGCAAAGAAUCUGAGAAAUCUUCUACAAAGACUUCAGCUGAAAAAUCAAGCCAAGCUUCUAGUUCUAAUGCUUCAUCUGGAAAAUCUUCGGGUCAAACAUCUGGAAGGUCUUUUGCGAGUUCUUCAGGUGAAGGAUCUGGUUCAUCUUCUACCAAUGCAUCUAAACAAUUUUCUGGAAAAACAUCAAGCGAAGCUACAAGGCAAGAAGUAAGCAACGAAUCUGGUCAAGGAUCCGAUAAAACUUCAAGUAAUAAAUCAAGUAAAUCUUCAGGAAAUGUAUCAGGUAAUGCAUCUGGGGAAUCUUCUGGAAUGAGUCAAAUUGAAAAGUCAAGCCAAACUUUAGGAAACGAAUCAGGUAAUGCAUCUGGGCAAUCUUCUGGAAUGACUAAAACUGAAAAAUCAAGCCAAACUUCAGGAAAUGCAUCAGGUAAUGCAUCUGGGCAGUCUUCUGGAAUGACUAAAACUGAAAAAUCAAGCCAAUCUUCAGGAAAUGCAUCAGGUAAUGCAUCUGGGCAGUCUUCUGGAAUGACUAAAACUCAAAAAUCAAGCCAAUCUUUAGGAAGUGCAUCAGGUAAUGCAUCUGGGCAAUCUUCUGGAAUGACUAAAACUCAAAAAUCAAGCCAAUCUUCAGGAAGUGCAUCAAGUAAAGUAUCUGGGAAAUCUUCUGGAACGACUGAAGCUCAAAAAUCAAGCCAAUCUUCAGGAAGUGCAUCAAGUAAUGCAUCUGGGCAAUCUUUUGGAACGAGUAAAACUCAAAAAUCGAGCCAAAGUUCUUCUUCGGGUGAUUCAUCUAAGCAAUCUUCAAGCCAAGCAUACGGAAAAAUUUCUGGAAGCGCUUCAUUUGAAGGUUCAGGGUCAAUUUCUAGUAGUUCAUCCGCACAUGCAUCAGGCCAUGCAUCUGCUCAGGCAUCAGGAUCAUUAACCAACAAAAGUUCAGGUCAAGCCUCUGGUGAAAAGUGUUCAUGCUUAGGUUCAGGUUCUCCUAGAAAGCUCUUAAUUAAUGCUCAAUAGAAAAAUAAUAAAAACAAGUAUCCUAUAAUAUUACAAUAUGAAUUAAUAAGAAUUUUCUUGAAAACACACAAUGUCGCAAAUUCCUUAUCAUAUUAAAUCCUUUUUUUAAGUGUAAUGUUCCCCUGAUUAAUCUGUAAUUUCUUGACAUAUGAAAUUUGCAUAA